AUGCCCGUAGUUCGGCGUGUCUUCGCUAGAUGGCGCUGUAGUAAAAAGCAAAAAUUGAAUCCUGCUCAACAAGCUAAGGUGCAACUGCUGGCGGAGCAACUCGGAGAAUUGACUACACUCAUGAACCAUACCGCUAAAGAGUUGGAAGGGGCAGAGAAGAAGCUGAUGGAUUGGAGCCGGCGCCUGCAGCAGUGCGAGAGGCAGCUCAACGAGGCGCGCGCGAUGCAGGGCCCCGCCGACAAGCCGCCAGCCUCUGCGCAGCCGGAGCCAGCCCUCACCCAACAAGAAUUGCAAGAACACAAACAAAAGUUUCAAAGAGCUCAAAUGAUAUUAGAACAGCAGAUGACAGAGAAACAACGGCUCAACUAUCAGCGGCAGGUACAAUUGAUGGAGAUUGAGAAGGCGAAGUUUGAAAAGAAGAAUGCAAUAUAUCAAAUGACUUCGGGCGGCAAAAUGGUGUGCGUGCGUCGCUCAGCGGCCGAGGCGGCGCUCACCAUGAGCGUGGCCGAGCGCGCGCCCCCGCCCCCGCCGCCGCACCCGCACCCGCUCGCCAACACAGGUACCGCACACACACACAUAACGAGAUAUAGUUCAGCGGCCGAGGCGGCGCUCACCAUGAGCGUGGCCGAGCGCGCGCCCCCGCCCCCGCCGCCGCACCCGCACCCGCUCGCCAACACAGGUACCGCACACACACACAUAACGAGAUAUAGUUCAGCGGCCGAGGCGGCGCUCACCAUGAGCGUGGCCGAGCGCGCGCCCCCGCCCCCGCCGCCGCACCCGCACCCGCUCGCCAACACAGGUACCGCACACACACACAUAACGAGAUAUAGUUCAGCGGCCGAGGCGGCGCUCACCAUGAGCGUGGCCGAGCGCGCGCCCCCGCCCCCGCCGCCGCACCCGCACCCGCUCGCCAACACAGCGCUGGAGCAGGACGGCGGCUCCAAGGGCGCUGACAACCGCAAGCUGACCUGGGAGCAGGCCCUCGCACACAUGAACCAGCUCGCCAAGGGAGCCAACAAGGAUAAGAAGAAACCUAAAGAAACGAAAGCGGAACAGAAGUUGAAGAAAGAGCCGCAGAGGUCCAACUCUCUGCCAGAGACACAGUCGCUAUCUAAGAAACAGAGAAAGCAAAUGGCUAAACAACAGGCUGAAGAAGAAGAAAAGAGAAGACAGCAGGCCGAGGCGAAGAACAAGAAGACUGAAGCUAAAAAGCCUGUAGAACCGAAACCCGAAGUUAAAGUAAAGAAUGAAAAGAAACCGGAGCAAACAAAGAAACCCGAGCCUGUUGUUAAGAAGAAAGAGGACAAGAAAGAGAAGACCUUAGAAAAGAAAAACGAGAAGAAAGGCAAAGAAAAUAAACAAGAGAAGACUGCACCAGCACCACAACAAACCAGCAAACAAACACAGCAACAGAACAACAAGAAGGAAAAUAAGAAGCAACAGCAACAACAACAACAACAGCAGCAGCAACAACAACAACAACAGAAGCCCCAAGUCAUUAACAUUACACCGGACACCACAAUUGAAGUUGUUAGUAAAAAGAAUCCAUGCACCACGGAGCCAGACAAGCCAGCGUCUUGCAGCAUUAUGGAACAGCUCAGCUGUGGGGUUCAGGUGGCUGAUUUGAAACUACCACCGGGAAUUACUCUCACACGCGUCCAGCCCAACGAGAAGAAAGAACCACCUCCGAUCAAAUCUGUGCCCUUGUGGAAGUGCAACCAGCUGCCGGCCACCCCAACCCCCGUGCCGAGACCAGCACCUGUCAUCAACGCAGACCCCUCCAUGAUGAUGUUCACCACCUCACAACCUGAACCCCCACCAAAACCAGCACCAAUCAUUGAACCACAAGUCCAAACUGUGGGCAAAUCGAAGAAAGCCAAGAAGAAGGCCAAGAAAGCAGCUGCUGCAGCUGAAAACGCCGAACUCAAGCCUGAAGGCGCUAAGAUGGUCACCUUACGUAACCCCAUGUUUCACCCUAACCUGCCACCGGUCCAGAUAACCAGCAAACCACCUACACAGAAGAAACAAGAACAGAUUAGAAUACCAGACCCAAUACCAAUGCCACCGAAUGCUUGCCAGGCAACCAUCACUCCGACAUCGAAUGGGAUGUAUACUAUUAGAAACCCGCUAAUGACUAUGAUGCACCAACAGAACAUGAUGGGUGGUGGGGUUAGAAACCAGAGCCCUCAACUUAACCCUAUCUAUGGUCAACAGUUCAACUAUGUUAACCCAAAUGUAUACACACCGGUUCCUAAUCAGAACCAAUAUGUCAUGGAAACCAGAAAUUCUCCAAAACAGGAUGAUUUCCAAAGUAGAAUAUUGAAUUUAGCUUCUUUCACACAGAAGAAUGAUGAAGGUUACUCUCUCUUCAAAACUUCUGAUGAUAACCAGCAGAAGAACUUCCUCAGUCCAGAGUAUUAUGAGAAUCAGAGCCCAAAGUCAGUAGUGUCACCGAACCCUAUUGGCACAAGACCAGCUGAUGUCAGACAAUUUGAUUCAAACGACUCCUCGCUGUUUGCAAACCCUAUACAACGUCCAGAACCUAUUGGGACUCCGCUAAAGAAGGAGGAAGAACGGACCGAGUACACCGGUCUUUAUACUCCGUUUGGGCAGGAAGACAGAAAUGUCUUCCGGAACGCAUUGUUUAGUGAUAAAAGUGAUCAUCAAAGUGUUAAGUGUGAUGAUUUAGGUGUAAACCCCAUGCCUAAUGGUGAUUCCUUACCAUACUUUCAACGGUUAAGGGUUGGUUCUAAGUUAAAUAGUGAAGUUACCAUUCAUCAUGUAACGGAGAGUAAAUUUUACAAGACACAGGAGCCGGGCCACCCUGCAGAUCUUCAGCCGGACGAAUCGCUGUUCACCAGACAUCCACACCACCCAUGGCCCGAACAACCCGUGUACGGCCCACCGCCAACUAACCAUAAAACUGGUGGACAGUCAGGCCGCAGUUCCCCCACGAGCUCGUCGGUGCGGUCGAGCGCCAGCGUUAGCGGGGGCGCCUCGCCCCCCGGUCCCGGCCCCACCGACGAGCCGCGCUUUGGUCCCGUGGGGGCGCGCGUGCCUCGACCCCCACAAUACACUGAAUCGAGCGUGUUCCUCCCAGACUCGAGCAUCACUAACCUGUCAUCCCUGGAGGUAUCUGAACGGGAAAUCGAGUCGUUCAAACGUUUCGACUUCUACUUCGAACCCCCCCAACACAAGCCGAAGGUCCAGCUCGACGUUCGCGACAUCGCCAACGCACUCCGGCAAAAUCACAAAUAA